AUGUCAAGAACACAUUUCUCUACAAUCACCUGCCUCCUUUUCGUCCUCGUCACAAUCGCAAGCGCUGUACCGUCACCACUCAGCCUGCUCAGCCCCCGACAACAAAACAGUAGUCAGCCUAUUUGCAGCGAAUACUCCACCAUCGCAAAUCUGUCCAUUGUUGCUUCCAAUGCUACAUACCGAGCAGCAUACCUUCAAGCUUCGCCUCAAGGCUACGACCCAGCCAGUGCGCCCCUCGACUCCGCACUUCCCAAGCUGCCCAGUUUCCAAUUCAAUGCCAGUAUCAAUGCCGAGUGUGGCAAUUUGACCGAGGUAGCAAUCAAGGGCGCCGCGACAAACUUCACGCAGGGCCAGGUACUGCAAUUCAACAUCAACUCUGCCGUGCAGAUAAGGGCAGGUUCCUUGGGUAUGGCGGUGAUCAUGGCUAUAAUCGUGGCAACGGUCGUCGACAUAUUAUAG